CGUCGUCGGCAAAACACAUUUUCUUCGUCGCAAAGCACCAAAAAAGCGCAACAAACGAUGGCUGACCUGACACCCGGCGCACGCAAACCCGCGCCAGCAGAGCUUACAGGCUUCCGCUCAGCCCUCGCGCACACCGGUAUCCCGCACGGCGUGCUUCUGUGGAAACCCCGUCUUCCCUCACGCAACUGGCUCGUCUUCUGGUCCGUCUCCCUGUCGCUCUCGUACGCCUACUACUACGACCGCGCGGAAUGCAAGCGGAUCAAGCAAGAGGUGGUGGAGCGUGUGGAGAAGUACGGGCGGGAGCCGAUGCCUGGUGGGAGUCUCGGUGAGCCGAGGCGGGUCGUGGUCUGGGCUGGGAGGUGGGGAGGGGACGACGAUGCCGACCGAGCUGGGCGGUAUUUCCGCAAGUAUGUCAAGCCUUACCUCGUCGCUGCCGGCAUAGACUACACGCUGCCGUCUGUCCCUCUGCACGGCUCGAUAACCCGCCAGCUGCACGCCGCGAUCCUGCUGCAGCGCCGCCAAGCACUCGGCCUCGCGCCCACCGCGACGCCGCUCUCUCUCCCCGGCGUGCUGGACCCGGCAGAGGCGAAGCGGCGGGAGGUGGAGAGCGGCGUGGUGGUCGUCGGGCGGGCGAGCCUGAAGGAGUACCUGGAGGGGCUGCGGAGGGGCUGGGAGUGCGGCGUGGACGAGUGGGCGUGGGAGACGGAGGUGGAGAAGACGUUGGCGGGCGACGGGGUGUUUGAGUCAGUCGAGUCGCCCGUCGAGCCCGCCGUCGAGACCGCCGAGACCGUCGUCGAGCCCACCGCCGACGCCGUCCCCAAAUCCAACUUUGGCUUCCUCGCCCGCCCCGCGCCCGUCACCCCCGGCGCUCCCGCCAUCCCCGCCCACCUCCACACCCCGCCCUCCCCGCUCCCGCCCACUCCCCCCCUCCUCCUCCUCCCGUUCACGAACCACCUCGGCUUCCUCCAGCUGCCGUACAUGAUCCUCGACUUCUUCAACGAACGCGCCAAAGUGCGGCAAGGCGCACAGUCUGCGCUCGCCCUCAUCGAGGGCCCCACCAGGGACAUGCACAGGGAGGACGCAGAGCACUGGGAAGAGAAGAGCGAGAGCUGGUACAACAAGACGGCCAGGCAGCUGCCCGAGCGGCUCCAAAAGUCGCGGACAGAGUACUACGAGGCGAUCAAGUCCCGUAUCGACCUGGCGAGGGCGUACGAGAAUGGCGACCGCGAGAUGACCGAGGAGGAGAAAAAGGCCAACAAGGUGGAGCGGAUCCAGGAUAUCCAGGCGGAGAGGCUGAAAAAGGAGCUCAGGUGGAAGGGCAGCGAGGAAGGAUGGGAGAUUGUCAAGCCAGAGACACCUGCGACAUGGAGAGAUCGCUGGGAGGGCUGGCUCAAGGUGUACCAGGUGCCCGAGGAUGCGCAAAAGGGCUUGUAGACGCUCCGACUUGUUAUGCACCACACAUGAUUAAACUGCCCACUUCUCCGCACUCGAUUUCAUCUCCAUGCACGCGAUUUCAUCAUCAAGAAAGUAACAACUAUCCCCUCCCCGCCCACACCACAUGCGCAAAAGUAAAGCGAAUUCAUGAUCACAGAAAAAAAAGAGCUUAAUUGUUGAGGGGAUGGUGUGGUGUGGUUUAAAUAUUUCGCAAACGAGUC